AUUAUAAUGUUUACAAUUGAAAUGUUAAUAACAUUGGGCAAUGAAAAUAACUAGCCAGCAUUGCCGCAUAUUAUUGAUAGUUUGCAAUUUCGCAUACUACGGGAGACACUCUAGUGUUUAGCAAAGCAAAUCAUCACAUUUCUCUAUAACCGCUAGCAAGUUACUGAAUUAAACUAAGAUAUGGCUGGAAGAGGUCGUGGUAAAACGAAUGGGACCUUGACGCAAGAGCAACUGCAAUCUUUGGGAGUCACAAGCAAAGAAAUGCAGACCGUAACAUCGGCAGCUCCACCUCCGUUGUAUCCAGCAUUGCUAGCGAAACCUGUACCUUUGGAGUCUAGCGCCGAUCGGACUUACAAAAUACUCUGGAAAGAAGAUUUUAUCUCGUAUCUACGUGAAUCGACCUACUACACUACAAAGAAAAGUUCUAAACUUCAUGUACAGCGAUACAGCGAUAAAGUAAUUAAUGUUAUAGAGAACGAUCCGAAAACUAAGCGAGAGGGAGAUUUUCUUUGGAAACUAAUGCCUGCGGAACUAAAACCGAGCUACAAACGAGUAAAAAGUUCAUUGGGACCAACAAAUGCAAAGCGACUGCGAAGUGCCGCAGAUAUUGAUGCAAAGCUAAAAGCACUAGAACAGAAAGAAUCAUCUGGCGACCGUUCGGAUAUUGUUAAAAAAGAGAAAAGUGACUCGGAAGAUGAAAAAGAUGGCGAUGAUGCUGAUGAAGAAUUGGUUGAUGAAGAGAUGGAUGACGACAAUGAUUAUGGUAAUAACUAUUUCGAUAACGGAGAAGCAUAUAAUGACGAAGACGAUAAUUUAGACGAUGGGCCGGUUUAUUGAAACCGAAGUACUCUUCGAUUUGUAUGGAUGGCCUGUUUAAUGAACGUUUUAUUUUUGUCCUGGCUCUUUUUACGCCUAAUGUGACUGUGCUAUCUCAGAGAAAAAAUCCAACAGGUCGUUGAUGGUAAACUCUAGAGUUAUCAUUGAACCGGCAUAACAACGUUGGAUCCAUUGCUCCAAUGAGUUGUACUGGUUUAUAAAUUCCUGCUGCAUAGCUCGCCACACUACUUGUAGCAAAUUUUCUUCCUCACAAAGAUGUUUUUCUACCUUUUUGUACAGUUGCUCAAGUCCUUUCUUUACUUCACGGGCUGGAUAAAGACUUAUUACUUUACGUAAUUCUUGCUUAGAGUACGCCAUUUGGUAGCUAAUUUCGGUAUCUUUCACACCUUGCUGCACACGCACUUGUAUUCCUUCGAAAAAUUGCUGUAAUUAUAGAACCAUUGAUUAAAUAUAUGUCUGCAUAUAAAAUACGACAGCUUCUCUUUACACAAUAAUCCUUACGUUUAGUCGUUCUAGCGGCCGGCCAAAGUAUUUAGUAACGUAUGCUUUCUGUGCAUCAUUAUAUCGUGUUUUUGCUUCCUUUCGCAAUGAUUCCAAAACUGGAAUCUUUAGUUGAGAUAACGUGGAGUGCAUUCGAUGAUAGUUUUCCAUUUUUACUACUUGGUGCGGCGUUUUUGAAUGUUCGGCGGCGUGCACAGAAAUGCGUUCGAAAAUUGCUUCCACCAAUUUAAGGUACCAUUUAUCAAGAUCAUUCCGGCGCUCCGUUUUCUUAAAAAUGUUCUCAGCGGUUGCGGCGAAUUCUUCAAAGUUUUCCACGUAAGGUAGAAGGCCACAUUUAGAGCGCUUCGGAAGCUUAGAUUCAUCAAUUGACUGCAACUGUGAUUGCAUAAAUUUAUCAAAGCUUCGUUUCACGUGUAUAAGAGCUGAAGCAAACGUCAUGCUUAGAAAAGACUGUGCGUCUUGGGCCGACAUUACAUGUUGUGUAAGACGCACUAGCACGUACAAUGAGUAGCUAAAAGAAACAGUAAAACAAUGUAAAUAAUGUUGUAUAUAUUUUUCGAAGGAAAAUUACUUCCAUAGUCA